AUGUCCGCCGCAAAGACCAAGGCCCAGAAGCUCAUCGACGAGAACGCCGUCGUCGUCUUCUCCAAGUCCUACUGCCCCUACUGCACUUCCAGCAAGAGCCUUCUCAGCAGCUUCGAUGCCAACUUCACCCUCGUUGAACUGGACCAGAUCGAUGAUGGAUCCGCUAUCCAGGACGCCCUCAACGAGAUUUCCGGUCAGCGCACCGUUCCCAACAUCUGGAUCAAGCAGAAGCACAUCGGCGGUAACUCCGACCUCCAGAAUGUCAAGAGCCAGCUUCCCCAGCUCCUGAAGGAUGCUGGUGCCCUUUAA